UGGAGGGAAGGCCGAAGUUGGCCCAUGCCUAUUCAAUGCCUUUUCUCCCUCUCAUGCGCUGCAUCUUUUCUGUCCUCCUCCCUGCGAAGCGCCCUGUGGGACAUUGAGACCGGCCAGCAGACCACCACCUUCUCCGGCCACAGCGGUGACGUCAUGUCCCUCUCGCUGGCCCCCGACAUGCGCACCUUUGUCUCAGGGGCCUGCGAUGCCUCCAUCAAGCUGUGGGACAUUCGGGACAGCAUGUGCCGGCAGACCUUCACUGGCCACGAGUCCGACAUCAACGCUGUCUGCUUCUUUCCCAACGGCAACGCCUUCACCACGGGUUCGGACGAUGCCACCUGCCGCCUCUUCGACCUGCGUGCCGACCAGGAGCUGAUGAUGUACUCUCACGACAACAUCAUCUGCGGCAUCACCUCCGUGGCCUUCUCCCGGAGCGGCCGCCUCCUCCUCGCCGGGUACGACGACUUCAACUGCAACAUCUGGGACUCCAUGAAGGGAGACCGGGCAGUUACUACGCUGUUGCAACAAGAACGACUGGUCUGGUGA